AUGUCCAGUGCCCUUCAGCUACUGCUUCUUCUUGCUAGUCUUGCAGCCUCCAUCAAUGGCCAAGAGUUCAUAUUUCACAGCAGCUUGAGGCUUGAUGGUGUUACUGAAAUCAUGCCUGACGGAUCAGCCGUGCAGGUCAACUCAACAGGCCUAGUAAAGGGUCAAGUAUUUUAUGCACAACCGUUGAAGAUCAGGCCAUCCCAGACCAGCAAUAGCAUCUUUUCCUUUUCAACCACCUUUGUGUUUUCAAUGAGAAUUGAAGACCAACUUGCUGAAAUCAGUGAGGAAGGAUUAUCGUUCAUCAUGUCUUCCUCAAAGUGGCUACCUCUCUACAGCUUGGUGCCUGAAGGAGGAGAUAGGAAACUGGAAGAUUCAUCGUCACUGAUUUCGAUCAACUUCAAGGCUAGCCAAGAUUGGAUGGGCAUCGAAAAUAAUCAUCUUGAGGUCACGAUCAAUGGUGCUCCAGUAGUGAAGCAUUCUCCACUGGGAUUUUACAGAAAAUCUAGUGACGAAUUAUGGAGAGUAAGGAUCACAAAAUCAGGGCAGAUGAGUCAAGUUUGGCUGGAUUAUGAUGGGAUGAAGAGAGAAAUAAGUGUUACAGUAGCUCCAGUUAGCUCAUCAGCCCCUGAAAGACAUUCAUUUUCUUAUCCUCUGGACAUCGAACCAUACUUUUCUGAUGACAUUUUUGUUGGAUUAUCAACUUCUAAGCUCGUAAAACCUUUAGCUUCCAAGCACUACUUGUUGGGUUGGAGCAUGAAGGUGAAUGGCAAAGCACAAAAUCUUGAUCUGGAUGAGAUGAUAGAGAACAAUCAAAAUGAGGUUUUUGGGAUCACUCCAGGAAUUGAGGAAUUCCAGAGAUUUACAUGUUUCAGCUGCCUCGAAAAAUAUUUAAGCAGGAUGAAUUGUACUACUGAGCAAAUUGAAGUCCUAGAAGGCCAGUGCAUGAUGAUCAAUCACGGUAUUAUGUAA